AGUCCUCCGCGUAGCAAAUUGUAUACGCUCAAAAAAUACCGGUCCGCCAUUUUAGCAUUGUAACCGAGAAAUUUUUAUUAUUUGAUUUUUAGCCGACAUAUACUGCAAAAUCGGUACAGAUGGCGACAAGAGAGUGGCGCCUGGAUUGUAAGGUUUAUAUUGGGGACCUUGGUGAUGGGGCAGAGAAAGAAGAAAUAGAAGAUGCGUUUAGUCGUUAUGGAGAAUUACGGAACGUAUGGAUUGCGAGAAGACCGCCCGGCUUUGCCUUUGUAGAAUUUGCUGAUCCUAGAGAUGCCCUAGACGCUUGCAGAGCUUUAGACGGAACACGUAUGAAUGGAAGACGAGUCAAAGUAGAAAUGUCCAGUGGUCGUGCAAGAAAUGAUCGAGGGAGAUAUCGAGGCUAUGAUAAGCGCUCGACUCCGCCAAGGCCCAAAUAUAUGUUUGAUUUUUUAGAUCGAGAUCACCUAGACGUCGUUACCGUUCUCGAAGUAGAAGCCGAUAAAAGAGAUAUAAACUUUCUCAGAAAAAUAUCGGUUUAA